GACAUAACAGUGUGCAAUGCAGAGUCUGUCCUGCAGCUCAUAGCAACAGCUGUGGAGAGGACCUGCCGAUAGUAUACUAGGUAGGGAACGUCGUGGUUGUGCUGUUUCACUACUAUUCUAUUGUGUCCGCGUACACUCACCCUUCCUUCUAGCAGUCAUGGCCAGCAAAGACGAGCAACAGGUGGCCGAGAUUAUAGUUAACAGCAUCUACAAUGCAGGCGUGAAAGUGGUCUACGGCAUACCCGGCGCCAAGGUCGACGCCAUCUUCGACAAGCUGCACGAUCAUCCCGAAGUACGGCUGAUUGUAUGUCGCCAUGAGCAGAAUGCUGCCUUCAUGGCGGCAGCCACAGGUCGCAUCACCGGCACGCCGGGCGUAUGCAUAGCAACCUCUGGACCCGGAGCGGGCAACCUCACGACUGGAUUAGUGACCGCAACUACAGAAGGCGAUCCAGUUGUAGCAAUUGUCGGCUCUGUGCCGCGCCUUCUCAGCACGAAGCACACGCACCAGUCAAUGAAGGCACUGGAAAUCCUAAGUCCUACAGCAAAGUCCGCGACAGGUAUCGAGGUCGAGGACCAAGCGGCUGAGGUCGUCCUGGCAGCGUUCCGCACGGCAAGCACGUCACCAAAGGGCAGCUGCGUGGUAUCAAUCCCUAUGGAUGUCGCGGGUGGCAAGUCAAAGAUCACAGCCUUUCCCUCUCCAGCUUUUAGAGCACCCCUCUACGGACCUGCGCCAACGUCAGAAAUUGAGAAGGUUGCCGCCAUGAUCGACCGCGCAACGCUACCGGUCCUUUUCCUUGGGCAGCGUGCAAGCAGCGCCAUCGUAGUGGGUGCAGUACGUCAGUUUCUGGACCGACACCCCAUCGCCGUGGUCGAGACCUUCCAAGCAGCAGGUGCCAUACCGGAGUCACAAGCACAGCACGUCUUCUUUGGCAGAGUCGGUCUGUUCCGCAAUCAGACUGGUGAUAGACUUCUGUCCAAAUCCGACCUUGUGAUAACACUCGGCUAUGAUCCUACAGAGUACGAUGCCUUUGCGUGGAAUCCAAAUGGAGAUAUAAACCUCGUGCAUGUCGAUUAUACCUCCUGCGAUUACGGCGCCUAUUAUCACCCUCAAGUCGAGCUUCUCGGCUCCGUGCGUGAAAACAUACUGGCUCUCGGCAGUGCUGUCAAGCACGUUGCUGAUCCCGCGAAACACGACUUCUGUCAAAGUCUGAGCAAGGAGCUCGUGUCCUGGCAAGACCAGGUAAAAGACUUUAAGUCUGACGGCGGCCUCGUCCACCCCUUGCAGUUCAUCUCUGCCCUCCAAAAGCGAGUCCCGAAAGACACGACCGUCACCGUGGACGUCGGCACCGUCUACAUCUACAUGAUGCGCUAUUUCUUCGCCUACGAACCGCGCCGGCUCCUCUGCUCAAACGGUCAACAGACACUUGGCGUAGGCAUGCCGUGGGCGAUUGCUGCAUCCAUGAUCCAAGAUCCGCCCUGCUCGGAGAAAGUCAUCAGUUUGAGCGGAGACGGCGGUUUCAUGUUCUCAUCUCAAGAACUCUCAACGGCCGUGCAACAAGGCUGCAAUAUCACGCAUUUCAUCUGGAAUGACGAGGCUUACAACAUGGUUGAGUUCCAGGAAGAGAUGAAGUACGGUCGGAGUAGUGGUAUCCAUCUCGGGGGCGUUGACUUUGCGAAGCUAGCGGAGGCAUUUGGCGGAAGGGGUUUCAAUAUGAACGAUGCCUCGCAAAUUGACGCGGUGAUGGACGAGGCGCUGGCGCAUAAGGGAGUCUCGUUAGUCAAUGUGCGGAUAGACUACAGUCAUGCACGAGAUCUGGCAGCGAACUUGAUCAAGGACAGUGUCGGCUGAGCUGUGAUUUGAGUGUGCGAGGACGGGUAAUGAGGGACAUGUCACGAGUGUCAGACUCGAGUCUAGCCAAGGAAGUUAGCAAGCACGCCGGGGGUGACGGCAGCUGCUGGGGAACGCACCUCCAGUGAUACGGGCCGUGGCUUGGAGGUAUUACGC